AUGCUUCCCGGUGUGCUCGUGAGGCUCCACCGUAUAUAUGAGUGGAGUGUUGAGCUUCUCGAGAACUGGAAGGGAUAUUUUCGCCACGUUUUUGGAGACUCAGAGCUGCAGAGAAAUCUGAGGAAAGCUUCUCAGGCCAUAUUCAAUUCAGCCAUCAAAGAUGGUUGUGGACUUGCAAGAUGUCUUCCAGAGAUUCAUGUUCGAGACUUCACAGUAGGUUUCAUGGCAGCUGGUAGAGAUUCCAGGGCCUCUGCACUCACUUGGUUCUUCUGGAUUCUGUCUGAAAACCCUAACUUGUUUGCCAAGAUUCUUCAAGAGAUCAACACAAAUCUGCCAAGAACCGGAAGUGAUGAAGACACGUCCUCAUACUUGAACAAGCUGGUGUAUUUACAUGCCACAUUGAGUGAAUCACUGAGGCUCUACCACACCGAUUCCAUUUGA